CUGUUAGAGGCGCGCUGGGCGUCCGCGGAGCAGACGCCCGGGCUUCGAGCUGCAAGCUCUGGUCUCCGGCCAUGGCCCCCGCUCCGCCCCUCGACGCCUCCUUCUCGCCUGCCGAGGUGCAGAGGCGCCUGGCGGCCGGCGCCUGCUGGGUCCGCCUCGGGGCCCGCCUCUACGACCUUACGGGUUUCGUGCGGCACCACCCGGGGGGCGAGCAGCUGCUGCGGGCGCGGGCUGGCCAGGACAUUGGCGCCGACCUGGACGGGCCGCCGCACCGGCACUCGGCCAACGCGCGCCGCUGGCUGGAGCAGUACUACGUGGGCGAGCUGCGAGGGGACACGCAGGGUUCCAUGGAGAAUGGGGCUGUGACCUCUGUGGAGACUCAGAAGGCAGACCCUGAGAUCGAACCAAGGUUGAAAGAGGUGGAUUGGGAGAAGGACCUGGUGGACUGGCAGAAGCCCCUACUGUGGCAGGUGGGCCACUUGGGAGAGAAGUAUGAUGAGUGGGUCCACCAGCCAGUGGCUAGGCCCAUCCGCCUCUUUCACUCAGACCUCAUUGAGGCCCUCUCCAAGACUGUCUGGUAUAGUGUCCCCAUCAUCUGGGUUCCCCUGAUGCUGUACCUCAGCUGGUCCUACUACCGAACCCUCGCCCAGGGCAACAUUCGGCUCUUCACUUCCUUCACCACAGAAUAUGCAGUGCCGGUGCCGGAGUCCAUGUUCCUGGGCCUCUUCCUGACCGGGCUGUUCCUCUGGACCCUCAUGGAGUACCUCAUGCACCGCUUCCUGUUCCACACGAAGCCCCCCAGCAAUAGCUAUUACCUCAUCACGCUGCACUUCAUCAUGCACGGCCAGCACCACAAGGCUCCCUUCGACGGCUCCCGCCUGGUCUUCCCCCCAGUGCCAGCAUCCCUGGUGAUCGCUGCCUUCUAUGCACUGUUGCGCCUCAUCCUGCCUGAGGCAGUGGGGGGCAGUGUGUUCGCUGGGGGCCUGCUGGGCUACGUGCUCUACGACAUGACACACUACUAUCUGCACUUCGGCUCCCCGCACAAGGGCUCCUUCCUGUACAGCAUGAAGGCCCACCACGUCAGGCACCACUUUGCACAUCAGAAGUCAGGAUUUGGCGUCAGCACUAAGUUGUGGGAUUACUUUUUUCACACUCUCAUCCCAGAGGAACCCCACCUGAAGUCGCAGUGA